AGCGUUCGAUUACGGUACGGCGCAACAUCUAUUUCACUGAGAAUGAGCAGAAGGCAGCUAGCCAAGAACUCACCACCGCGAAAGAACAACGAAAGGUCAAGCAGAAGCAUCAGAUGGCUCCUUCCGACGACGGUGGUCACAUCGUGAUGCUACCUUUCAUGGCUCACGGCCACCUGGUCCCGUUCCUCGCCCUCGCCAGGCGAAUCCGGCGACGAAGCCGCUUUGCCAUCACCAUCGCCAGCACUCCUGUUAACGUACGCCGCCUUCGUUCCGCUGCCGUAGCAGACCCCACGCUUGCAGCCGUAGAUUUCGCAGAGCUCGCCUUCCACGCCUCCGACCAUGGCCUGCCGUCCGAUGCGGAGAGCACCGAGAAUAUGCCACUGACCCAGAUGGCGGCCCUCUGCUACGCGUCCCUGAGCUUGAGAGCUCCCCUGGAAAGCCUGGUCGCCUCCAUCACCUGCCGGGAGGGUGGGCGGCCACCCGUCUGCAUAAUCUCCGACAUUUUCUUUGGCUGGGCGGUGGAUGUGGCCAAGGCCUUCGGGACGAGGAGCUACAGCUUCACCACUUGCGGGGCCUAUGGGACCUCGGCGUACGUGUCCUUGUGGCUCCACCUCCCACACCGUGCAACAGAGUCCUGCAAGUUCGUGGUACCGGGAUUCCCAGAACGAUGCCUCUUCGACAAGUCGCGCCUUGUGGCGAUGAUCCGGGAGGCAGAUGGGGACGACUUGUGGUCCAGAUACCUCCGGCCUCAGUUCGAGCUCACUCUCAAUUCGAGCGGGUGGUUGUGUAACACGUCCGAGGAAUUUGAGCCGCUCGGAGCGGCCGCCCUGAGAAACCUGGUGAAGCUUCCGGUCUGGACCAUCGGUCCCCUUCUUCCUGACGUGAUUGUCAGGAACGACGACUCUUCAGGUUCCUUGAAUUCCAUCUCUGAACAUCGACCUGAAAAGCCGCUUGGGAUCACCCCGGACAGAUGCGUCGAGUUUCUCGACGCGCACCCUCCGAGCUCUGUUGUGUACGUCUGCUUCGGUUCCCAAAACACUAUAACCGAGUCCAACAUGAAGGAGCUCGCAGCUGGGCUCGAAGCGAGCGAAAGGCCGUUCAUAUGGGUCAUGAGGCCGCCCCUCGGGUUCGACAUGGGGAGCGAGAUAAGGGACGAGUGGCUGCCACCAGGGUUCAAGGAGCGAGUCACAAGGGUAGAGAAGAAGAGGGGGUUGCUGGUGAGGGACUGGGCACCGCAGCUGGAGAUCCUGCGGCACGGGUCGACCGGGGCGUUCCUUAGCCAUUGUGGUUGGAACUCAACCAUGGAGAGCCUGAGUCAGGGGGUGCCGAUCAUCGGUUGGCCGAUGGCAGGGGAGCAAGCGUACAACGUGAAGAUGAUGGUGGAGGAGAUGGGAGUCUGCGUCGAGCUAGCGAGGGGGGCAGUAGGCGACGUAAGCCGGGAGGAGGUGAGGAGGGCGAUCGAGGCGGCGAUGGAUGCAAAGAGGGGGAAAGGGAAGGAGUUGAGAGAGAGAGCCACGGGGGUGAGGGAGAAGAUCAGGAGGGCAGUGAGAGAGGGAGAGGGGUCUUCAGAUAAAGCAAUGGAUGAGUUUCUGAGGAAUCUGGUGAUGGCUUGAUCGUCGUCGUCAUUCAGUGCAUGGAAUGAGCAGUACGGUGGGGUGGAAAAGAUGACCUUUGUUUUCGCGACACUCUCAAUAAAUUCAUUCGACGCGUUGUUCUCUUCUUUUCGUCCUAAAUUGAGACUCGCGAUUUUGCUCUUUUUCGGGAGAUCACCCAACUUAACAUUGCUCUCACCUGAGCAUGUUAUAUUAGAGUUUCAGCGCUAAAUAAUAUUAUUAUCUCAAAAAGCUUCUAUUA